AUGGGUGGAAGAAGCCGGCCUCCUGAUUCUUCAAAAAUGGCCGAACAGCCUACUGAGAAGAAGAAAGGUCUUGGCGAGUGGAUGAACUUGAUAAAGCCUGUCAAUGAAGAAAAAGAUCAUUGGAUUCCUGAUGAAGCAGCUACCAAGUGCACUGCUUGUGGGACAGAUUUCAGCGCAUUCGUACGUAAGCAUCAUUGCAGGAAUUGCGGAGAUAUAUUCUGUGACAAGUGCACCCAUGGCAGAAUCGCACUCACAGCUGAUGAGAAUGCUCCUCAAGUUAGAGUUUGUGAUCGAUGCAUGGCAGAAGUUACUCAGCGGUUGAGCAAUGCUAAAGAAGCAGCCAGCAGAUUGGCUGGAUUGCAGAGUCAUGAGGAUCUUGCCAAGAAGCUUCAGGAAGAGAUGGAGAGAAAUCGCAAGGCAUCAACAGGCUCCAAGUCGGAGGGAUCUGGUAGGCGGAUGAAAGAGGUUGCCUGUCCUACUUGUACAGUUCAUUUGCAGGUUCAAGUUCCCAACUCCGGUUCUGAGACCAUAGAGUGUGGGGUUUGCCAAAAUCCUUUCAUUGGCCGGCAACAUUGUUGCCUUUUCCCACAUUGCAGUGCACGAGUCUGUAGCCAGGGGCAUGCAUUUUGGGUUAUUUUGGCUGUUGGUAGGGUGCUAUAUGGGUAUGAUUUCUGUUGGCUGCAAACCGUCCAACGACCUGCUCCACUGCCUUCUUGA